CCAAAGUUAAACUGAAAUAUAUGUUUAAUUUAAAGCUUUUGUGUUAAAAUGAGUAGCAGCAUAGCCCUAACCCAUGGAGCAGUGCAAGCCCUUUUAAGAGGUGAUGAGGUUUCCAACCCUGUCCUACAAUGCUUGAGCUUCAAGAAAGUACAAGGCCCCAACAUAGAGCGCAUUAAACUGGCAUUGUCUGAUGGAGUCCAUUCAUUUGGAACUGUCAUGCUGGGAACUAAUCUCAACCACUUGGUAAAUGAUGGAAUUUUAGAUGCCAAUUCAAUUGUUAGGCUGACGCAUUACCAGUCACCUAAAAUGGUGCAAAAUGGAAAGAAAGUUAUUAUCUGUUUGAGCUUGGAUGUGGUUCAAAGUGGUAAUGAGGUUGGAGAACGGAUUGGGAAUCCUGUUAAUUAUGCCCAGGCAAGUGCAAAUGAUGGAAGAGCAGUUCAAAAUGAAAAUCUUAAGCCAAACCAAAACAGAAUGCCUGCUUCUGCAAUGCAGAGUCCGAAACCGACUGGAAAAAUGUCGUUUGGUGGAAAAGGUGACGCUCCUACUACGCCUGGUGGUACACAGACCCGUGUUAUGCCCAUUGGAAGUCUAACACCCUAUCAAAAUAAAUGGGCGAUACGUGCACGUGUGACGCAGAAGGGAGCUAUGAGGGAAUGGAAGAAUGCAAGAGGAGAAGGGAAGUUAUUUAGUUUCACAGUUUUAGAUGACUCUGGUGACAUCAAGGUGACCUGUUUUAAAGAGGAGGCAGACAAAUUUUUCAGUAUGGUUGAAGUUGGAAAAGUGUUCUGUAUUGCUAAUGCUACUCUCAAACCUGCGAAUCCUCAGUAUAAUAGCACAACUCAUGAUUAUGAAAUGACUCUUCGACGGGACACAGUUAUUACAUUGAGUGAAGAUGACGAUGCAAAACUGGUGCCAAAAAUUCAGUAUAACUUCAAAAAAAUCAGCGAACUUGGAAACCAUGUGAAUACACUUGUUGAUACAAUUGGAAUCUUGAAAUCGGCAGAAGAUUUAAGCUCCGUUAUGAUUCGUAGCCAGAAUCGAGAAGCGAAAGUAAGAAAAAUUAAUUUGGUUGAUGAAUCAAAUGCAGAGAUCCAAGUUACCCUGUGGGGACAAGAAGCCGAGAAGUUUACUUCAGAAGAAUCAGCCGUAGUGGUUUUAAAAUCUGCAAAAGUGUCUGAUUUUGGGGGUUGUUCCAUGUCUACUAUUGGCUCCACAACAGUCACAAUAAACCCAGAUAUACCGGAAGCGUUUAGUCUGAAGCAGUGGUAUGAAACUGGUGGCAAGUCGCAGGCCACUCAAGUCCUAACAACAGGUAGUGGUGGCGGUGGUAACAUGGCUGCUAACUGGAAAACAUUGGCAGAUAUUAAAACAGAAAAUCUUGGUACCAAAGAAAAACCAGAUUACAUAACAGUUAAAGCUACAGUUUUAUAUUGCAAAAAAGAAAACAUCCUCUAUCAAGCUUGUCCGAAUGACCAGUGCAACAAAAAAGUGGUUGAUCUGCAGAAUGGCAGCUAUCGGUGCGAAAAAUGCAACUCAGAAAGCCCAAACUUCAAAUACAGAGUCAUUCUAAACAUGCAUAUGGCUGAUGAGUUUGACAGCACCUGGGUGACUUGCUUUCAAGACCAAGCCGAAAUUUUGUUGAACAUGACGGCUCAACAACUCGGAGACCUAAAAGACACCAACGAGCAGGAGUAUGAGGCGGCUCUGAAAAGUGUCGACUUCAAAAGCUAUUUCUUCAAGUUAAGAGUGAAGUCAGAUAAGUUUAAUGAUGAAGAACGCACCAGAGUCACUAUCAUGAAUGUUUCUCCCAUGAGCAACGUGGAUUAUAUCAAGAAGUUGACAACUGACAUUGACAAACUAAUGAAUCUGUGAAUUUUUAACUGUAUUCUCUUAUUGCCUCUAUUGGUUCAACUGCCAUUCAAUGUUUUGCUGCCAUUUUUUAAAACCUUAGUAAACGAUUAUUAUCAAUGAAUGAAUUAAUGUACUCAGUUCGGCUUGUUUAUUGUAUAUAAGCCAAUAUUAUGUUGAUAUGUGCUUGGAAAUUUUUUGUUUCAAUUUUUUCAGUUGUUCCCUGUACGUUAUGUUGUUAACAGUUCUGACUGUUCCUGGCUUUUUUUCUAAAACUAUUCCUAUUUUGUAUAAGUUUUUUUAUACCGGUAGUAUGAACUGGCCAUUGAAUUUCACAUCUUGGUUUAAGUUAACUUGCAUUCUGUUCCCAUUUAG